GCAUGAUCCUCCGCCCAAUUCAUUUCCGUCCUGCAAAAGGACACUUUCUGCCGCAACUCCUGCUCAAGCAACCUCUUCUACAGCGCUCUUUCCACGCCUCGCCAAUUCGUUGCGAUGCCGGUCUCCCUGACCAUUAUGCGACUCUGGGUAUAGACACGACCGCCUCUGCUGGAGACAUCAAGAAACAAUUCUUCCAGCUGAGCAAGAAACACCACCCCGAUCACAACCCCGACGACCCCAAAGCCGCCGACCGCUUCGUCAAGAUCUCCGAAGCCUACCAUGUCCUAGGCAGCGCUGAAAAGCGAGCACGCUACGACCGCGACUUCCUCCGUUCAUCACAACCCUCCUCUCACCCACAAGGCUCAUACAGCAGUACUGGACCAGCAGGAGGACGCCCAGCCACAGGUCUCAGCCGACGACGCACACAGUUCAAAGGCCCACCUCCUUCCUUCUACCGCAGCGGCGGCUGGGGCAACUUCAGCCAGAAGCGAUCAGAGUAUGCCUCCCAGGGCUCGCAUCAGCACGAAGCUGCCGGCAGCAGUGCCCAGGACGCACCUGGUACUGGUCCUUCUGGCUACCAGGCCGGCUUCAACAACGAUGUACCGCAUUUCGAUCGCGAUGGUCAUUUCCGAACUCACGACAAUGUCAUGAAGAACAGACACAAAGCAAGACGGCGAAGUGGUACCAUCACUACAGACGAUAUCAUGGGAAGUACGAGCAUGCUGUUCAACUUCGUCCUUCUAAGUGGCGUCUUGACUGUCAUCUUUGGUGUUAGCGGCAUCUUGUUUAGAAAGACCGACGAAAAGAAGAAGAUUGCUGCU